AUGGAGGAAAUCCAAGGCCACGGGAAGAAGCGCCCGGCCCAAGGUGAUCCCGAUGGCGCGCAACCGUUAACAAAGAAAUUCGGAUGCUUGCGAAUAGAUAGCGUGCCAAUCUCCGCUCGGGCCAAAGGGGAAGGGAAGGAAGAUAUGAUGCUGUUGGAUGACACUCAACAUACGACCUACAUCCACAACCUGGAUCAAGAACUCGAAGGUGAUUCCCCCGAUGGGCUUAUAUUCUCGCCUCUUGCUACAAAGUUGCUUUCGGUGCCUGCCUCGGUUUUAUCUUCCCAGCAAUCGGGAAAAGAACUGGUUCUCUACACAGAACCGGCUUCCCUUACAGUGCCCAAGGAUAAGGACAAUAUACGAAAAGCGAUACUGGAAUCCCGGAAACGAGCGAGAGCGGAGAGUGCGAAUGCAAGUGCGAGUCAGAGUCAGAGUCCGAAUCAGAAGGGCGAAGACGACUUGAAUGAUAUAUGUGAUCCUAUGGAUAUUGAUGAAAUUUAG